CCCGAUAAUUUAGUCAUAAAAUCUGCAUGCGUACGUUGUUGCUUUGCUUACUGCUUCCCAUACAAUUACUCUUUAAUUCUUAUACGUUAAGAGAAAAAAGUGGACGCCCCUAAAAAAACAGAAGGAAGAAGGAACAAAGCAACCACCAAUAUCCAUAUCAGAUUAUCAAAAUCAAUUCUUUAUUCAAUUCAAUUCAACCUCUCCCCCACCACCUCCUCUCUUAUAAAUAUAGUCACUCAUCACCCCACCUUCUGAUCCUCUUGUUUUUAUAUCUUCCUCUAAAGUUUAAACCAUUCAUUCUCUGAAGAGAAACCGAAGGCUUGGUUUUUUAUUUUGUUGGUUGGAUGGCUAUACAAGCGCAGUUGUAUUCGAAGAAUAACAAUGUUGGGUUUGGGUCUGCAUUGUGCGGUUCUUCGCAAGAUUGGAUGAUGGAAAAUGGUAAUGGUUGUUAUGGUGGUGGUGGUGUUGCUAACGGUGGGCUUAAUCAGUUUUGUUUAGAAACGCAACAAAAACAACUGCAACAAAGGCAGCAGUUUUAUCAGUUACAGAAUCAGCAUCAGGAGAGAAAUUGUAUUUCUACUUCUCAAAGUUUGUGUUUUGAUGCCAAUUCUGCAAAUUUCUUGAAGAAUAUUAGUAACUACAACACCAGUACUAAUUAUCAUCAUCAGUCAAUGCCGUUUUCUCAUGCCAUGGAUCUUCAAAUCGAGAAGCAAAUACAAGAGAUUGAUCACUAUAUCAGAUUGCAGAAUGAAAGACUGAGAAUGGUGUUGCAAGAGCAAAGAAAGCAACAACUUGGGAUGCUACUGAAGAAACUAGAGGCAAAGACUUCAACUUUAAUGAGACAAAAAGAUGAAGAGAUUGCUAAAGCCACCAGCAGAGCAAUGGAGCUGGAGAAUUUGUUGAAGAAAUUAGAGAUGGAAAACCAUACGUGGCAAAGAAUUGCCCAAGAGAACGAAUCAAUGGUUUAUUCACUCAACAACGCAAUUGAACAGCUCAGAGAAAAGGGUUCUUGCUGCUUCAACAAUGGGGUCGAAGAUGCAAAUUCUUGUUGUGAUUUACCAGAAGACGAAGAAACAGAGCAAAACAGAGGUGGAAAUUGCAUUGAUCGCAGCGAAAAUACAGAAGAAAGGGGAAAGAUAAUGAAGGUGAACAUCUGCAAAGGCUGUAAUUCUAGGGAUUCGUGUGUUUUGUUCCUUCCUUGUAGGCACCUCUGUUCAUGUAAAAACUGCGUGGCGUUUCUUGAAUCUUGCCCCGUUUGUUCAACGCCGAAGAAGGCAAUUAUAGAAGCCUUAAUUUUCUAGGGAAAAUGUUUUCUGGGAAAAUGGGUUUCAUCAUCCCCAGUAAAAAUCUUUUUAGACUUUGGUUCUUUAGAUUUUACUGAGACAAAUGAACAGAAAUUGAACAGGACAGACUAAUGUGAAUGAACAUUUUUGGUUUGAAAAUUA